AUGUCAGUGCUGAAUCAGAGUGGAGAAGAGCAGGUGGAAUGUCCUCUGUGUAUGGAACCACUGGAGGUGGACGAUCUCCACUUCUACCCUUGCACAUGUGGAUAUCAAAUAUGCCGGUUUUGCUGGAACCGUAUACGGGAAGGCGAGAACGGUUUAUGUCCGGCGUGUCGGAAAGCAUAUCCGGAGAACCCUGCAGACUUCACUCCACUCAGUCAAGAGCAGGUAGCUGCAAUAAAAACGGAGAAAAAAGCACGAGAGCAGAAAAGGCGGAACAAGACGUUGGAGUCGAGGCGGGCCCUCGCGAAUGUUCGCGUCGUGCAGAACAACCUCGUGUUCGUCGUCGGCCUGCCUGUUCGGCUUGCCGACCCCGAGAUACUAAAGCGGCAAGAGUACUUUGGCAAAUAUGGGAAAAUUCACAAAGUAGUCAUAAACCAAAGUACCGCAUAUGCAGGGUCACAGGGUCCGUCGGCAUCAGCGUACGUGACGUACGUGUCUCCGGCGGAUGCAUUGCGCGCUAUACAAGGUGUGAACAACGUGACGCUGGACGGACGCGUGCUGAAGGGUUCCCUGGGCACCACCAAAUACUGCGCCAACUUCAUGAAGAACCAGCCCUGUCCCAAGCCCGACUGCAUGUAUUUGCACGAGCUAGGUGAUCCAAAGGCAUCUUUUACGAAAGAAGAGAUGCACGCGGGCUUACACCAAGUGUAUGAGCGGCGGUUACACCAUCAACUACUGCAGGGCCAGAGAGACAAGCCAGAUGACAAGAACUGUCAGAACUCAGGUAAUUCUAGUACGAAUACAGAAAAGGGCAGUUCGAAAGAUGGUAAUCAAACAAAUCCCAUACCAACAACAGUGGUCACAUCAUCAAAUGUUAACAUAGUCACUACAUCUAAAUCGAAAAAGGACACAGCGAAUGGUAACAGUGGUAAAGAAAAUGGUAGCAGUAAUGGGGUCGGUAGCAAUAGUAACAACAAAGAAGCAUGGCCCAGUCUCAGCUCAUCCCCACCCUCCGACAGUCCCGCUAGGAAACAGCCCAGUCCAAAACCACAGCAAUCUACAGUUAAGUCACAAUCACAAGAAAAUGGUAUAUCAGAAUCUUCAAGUCCCACACAACAACAUACACAGCAGUCUCAAACGAAAAACAAAGAAAACAAUCACACAGAAAGUAAAACAAGCAGGAGCAACAAAGACAGCAACACAAAUGGACAAAGUAAGAAGAGCAAAUCAGAAAACAAAUCAAAACAGAAGAACAGCAAUAGCAAUAGUAAUAGUAUUAGUAACGAAGUCACAGAACCAGAGACAAUGGAAAGUUCACAGAUAUUUAACAAUACAGAGAAUCACACAAGUUCAGUCUUCGAAAGUGAUACACAACACAGUUACCUUUCAAAUGAAUUAGAUGAAUUGGAAUCGGAUAGACACAGUCUGUUAGAAAAUCACGAUUUGUUAGACAAUAGCGAUCACAGUCUGCUAGACGACGACAAUACACACAAUCUAUUAAAUGACGCUAACAGUGAAGUGUUAAUGAUGCAGAGGCAUAGGGAAAUGCUUGCAGGCCUAGUUGAUAAUAACCACUUAUUGGCGCACAAUAUGAAAUCACCUUUAGUUAAUGGUUAUGGACUUUUAGACAGGGAUUCAGUGAAUUAUCUAAGUAACGAUAGACAGGUUAGCCAAAUUAGCCAAGGUCUGAUGGAUCAGAAGGAAUUGAUGAUGCGCGAGCAGCGUAGCCGUAGUGAAAUGCUGAUGAGACAGAAUGAAAUGCUGGCGAGGCAGCACAAUGUUAUGGUGGAACCAAAGCACUAUAUGACAUCAUCCAGUAUAGGUCUAGAGUCUGCUAGUGAAUUAUUAGGUGCAAAUUUUCAUCAGAAUCCCAAUAUGCUUCCACCAUUCGGUAUGCGUGUAGACAAUUCCAUGGCAUCAAACUCCUUGGGUGGCAGUGCCAACUCAAUAUCAGCUAAUGCACUAUCAGCGAAUACACUAGCGGCAAACACAUUAUCAAUGAACUCCAUGGGUGGUGGAUAUAUGCUCCACAACCAACAGUUGCUACAACAACAGAAUCAGCCACAGAUGCAGCACAGUGGGCUUGUAAAUGGAUUUGAUGGCCCUCAGUCAGCAAACGAAGGACGCUACCUGGCAGAAAACAUGGACAAAUUCUUCACAGACUUCCAUAAAGCGCAGCAGAUGCGACAGAUGCUAUCGCGUAACCCCAUGGACGAGCGCCGCUACCCUCAGGAGCACCCACACCAACACCAGCUUCAACAGUCUCCACACUAUCCACACAAUAUGCUCAGUGCUGAGCGCCUAGAGAUGGAGCACAAACAAAGGAUGAACAAUAUACGGGGCAACGAAAAUAAUGGCAGCCGCGCGGCUGGCGAUGGAGAUGAUGACCUUGAUUUUGAUCCAUUUAAGGAAACACAGAAGGCCCUUGCAGAGAUGAUGGAGACGGAAAUGAUGCUUAAUACAAUCCCUAGCGGGGAUAACAUGGAACGUGUACGCCGUGCCAGACUGCCACCCCCUGGCUUCAGCCAUAUCAACACUUUUGGAAUCGGAGUACCUCGGCAACAAGCACACCAAGGUUACAAUUCGAACAGUGCAAUAUUCUCUGACUGGACUCAGAUGGACCCAGCCAUAAUGUCAACAUCAGUGAAUUUUGGCAAGCAGCCUCCUCAGGCUGGCCUCACACAGCAGCAACAAGAAUUGUUCGCAAGAUUCAACCAGCUUAGUAUACAGCCCAAUGGCAUCUCCAAGCAUCAUCAGGUGCCGCUGGUGGCGCAGCAGUGGGCGGCGCCCAAGCUGUGGGGCGGCGCGGCGUACGGCAGCAUCCCGCUGCCGCCGGGCUUCGCGCCCGCCAAGGCGCCGCAGCACCCCGCCGAGUGCAUCGACGCCAAGUAA